AUGCCACCCCCCCACCUCCACCCCCGCUCCCGCUCAACAUCAACCCUCUUCGCAACCACCCUCCUCGCCUCCUUCCUCGUCGUCGCCCUCCCCCACAUCCUCCCCUGUCCAGCACCCCGAAGAACCCUCGCCGACGGGGAGCUCGAUCCCAACGCCACCAAGAGAAGAAAAAAACAAAUCGUGGGGGAGGACGGGGUGGCUAGAUUCAACAAUGCAAUCGCCACCACGCCAGAGGAGCUCCAAAAGCUAAGAAUGGAGAGGCAGAGGGAACGAAAGGCGGAGAGGGAGUGUCCGGUUCCGAAACCGGGGGGGAUAUUGGGGGAGUGGUUGGGGUUUCACAAGGAGGAGGAGAAGACAGUCGAGAAGGCUGAACCGAGGAGGGAGGGGAGGUGA